AUGAUUCCACAAAUAUGUCUGAUAUCAGCUGUAAUAGCAGCACUGCCGUUGGAAGUGGAGUCAAAUGAGAAGAGUCUAUCGGGGGGAAUGUCUUCAAGGCAAUUCCUGGGAUCUAGCAACUACGCAUGUGAUCAUCAUACUGAUGUUUGCUCGAUAGCAGUACAAGGUGUUGGUAUGAGGGCUUCAGAUUCCCUCAUGGCAUACGGCCAUGAUAGUAUACCAAAGGCUGCAUCAUCUAAUACGAUACGUGUACCUGAUAGUAAUCGACUUAUUGGUGGUACACAGCAGUUAGAUAUGCCUGGCGAGGAAUGGGUCUUUACAAUCGAUAUCAAUUCUCUAGACCCUGGUCGAUACGAUCUUUAUGUCUUCACAGCCAGCGAUGAGAUAUAUCUUGGUGUAUUAGUUGUUGUUGAUCUUGGCAUGGACUCGGGCACAGGGGAUACAACUACACCAAUUCCAACUACUAUGGCUUUCACUACUGGUGUUUUAAUCCCUAUUAUCCCUACUACAGGGACUAUAGAGGAUUCUGAUGGUAGCAACUCUAUUGCAAUAUAUGUUGGACUUAUAGGAGGCCUCAGUGGUGGUUUAUUGGGAAUCGUUUGUAUUCUCAUUGCUGCUUGCGCGUAUUGUGGCUGGUCUGCUAGACGUAAAGGUUUCAAAGAGCUCAAGGAUAUAGAGUCUUAUUAUAGCCGAGAUGAUGGUCGUUGUGAUAAUGAUGAUUCGGCUAGCAUCAUUAGUCGACACAUUAAUGCUUUACAUCAUAUCACAUCUAGUAAUGGAGUAGAUAUUCAUCAAGACAGCAACGACGACGACAUUCAUUCGGAACUUUCUCUCCUAUCUUUGGAUCCCCUUUGCCAUCUUGCAGCUACUACCACUGGUGGAAUGCCACAUGAUGAAGAGGGAGUUCGUCGGGGAGCAAUACCUGGUGAGCCUAUCGCCCCGGCACCAUCUAUAAGAAGGAAUGGUAACCAUUCCCUUUCUGUUGACAAACAACAACAACUACGACGUCGUCUCAUAUGA